CAACUGUAUCCGAGUUCAACCUCACCAAAUCCCUUCCACUGCUUCUCAAAAGUGGCAGCAAGAAAAAUAUGCAAAAUGCCGUCGACUGAACGAUCUAUCGAUAAUAUCCGCAAGUAUGAGUCUGAGCCCAAACUGACGUUGACGCCGGUAGAAGAAACCCUCCUCUCGAUGCUCUACUUCCGGGUUCUAGACGCCAGUUCUGCGGAGCCCAUACUUGGCGACAUUUACGCCCAGCAGGUGGUGAACCAAGUCAACACCGACUUUAGCCGCAGCCUAUUUCCCAAUGACGCCCGCUGGGUCAAGCUGUGGUGCACUCGAGCCAAGCAGCUCGACACCUGGUGUCGCGAGUUUCUGGCUCUUCAACCGGAAUGCACCGUCCUACACUUGGGCUGCGGCAUGGAUAGCCGAGUGUUGCGCAUGGCCCCGGGACCAGGAGUGCGAUGGUUUGAUGUGGAUCGGCCGGCAGUAAUUGCGCUGAGGCAACGACUUAUCCCCACACCGUCAGGGGAUUACCACAUGAUCCCCGCGGAUGUCACGGACGAGGAGUGGUUGCACGAGGUACCGAAUGAUCGACCAACCAUGGUCGUUAUGGAGGGAUUGGUCAUGUACCUAACUCUUGACAAGGGAAAGCGCAUGAUUCAGCGGCUCGUGGACCGCUUUUCACCAUCAUCGUCAGCAGAAGGAGGAGGAGGAGACGGAGGCAAAGGGCGGAUGGCGUUUGACAUUAUGGGCACUCUGGCAGCACGUAUGUUGGAUUGGGACCAAGUCCCAGUGCUGAGAAAGACGGGGGUACGGUGGAGGUGGCCUACAGAUGAUCCGACGGCAUUCGAGGCGAUAGAUUCCCGGAUGCGGUUUCUGGGAGAGGCGACUUGGCCCGAGGACUGGCCGCCAUGGUUUGGCGAGCUCACGACAAAGCUUCUGUCGUUUUUGCCUUCCUUCAAGAACAUUGGGAGGGCGGUGCUAUACGAGUUUUGAGCUCGUUAAUUUGUUCGAAAUGUCCAGGACAUAAGGAGGCUUAAGGGAUAUGCAUCAAGGGCAGAAGAUAAGUUAUUGUGUAUUUAGUCUCCCUGCCGUGGUUUGGUUCAUCCCUUUACGGCAUCCACCACAGCAUAACUACAUCGCAUUUACGUACGCAUUCUGGAGCACACCAAACGGCUCCUUGCAUGUCAAGAAACGACUCUUACUGGUUGCUGGGGG